CAGUCAUAUUUGUUGUAGACCGUGGACACGUGCAAAUGGGGCGGAUAUUUUUAGUUUUUGUUUUAGUGGGGGCUGCUUUUGGAAACCCAGCGCCAAACUUGGGACAGGAAAAUGAGUGGGAGCAGCUUCUAAAAGUUGGUUCGAACGUUGAUAUCAAAAGCAACGCCAUUGAAACUGGAAGAAGUGCUGCUGGCAGCAUUGAGGACCACAUCGAAAGAUAUAUCAAAAGCCAUGAAGCAACGUUUGAUUUGCCUUUUAUUGGAUCAAAGGUGACGUUAGAUGGAAAAAAUCUGGACGAUGAAGAGAUGAGCAUUAAGUUGAAUUUUGGCACAGACGUUCAAGCCCGUAAGAAGAAAUCAAAACUAAAGAAACUCGUCGUUCCAAUUUUGGUUUUCCUCGUGAUCAAGGCAAUGAUCCUUAUACCAUUGGCCUUGGGAAUUUUGGGAAUUAAAGCUUGGAAUGCUACUCAGUUGUCCUUCGUAUCGUUCAUUUCUGCUUUGGGAAUGGCUAUUUGGAAGCUUUGUACCAAAGUUAGCCAUGAGCCUCCUCAGAUCAUCCAUCAAACGUACGAUCCUCAUUCGCAUCAUUUCCAUCACGACCACCACGACUACCAUGACAGGUCGGACGCACCACAACAGAUGGCCUAUGCAGGAUAUGUCCCUCAACAGUAGAGGACAUGCUGUUUAACUUAUAUAAUUUAUUUGUAAAUAUUUUACUAUAAUAAAUAUUUUUUUACAAAA